AUGAUGGACCUCAUGGGACAAAAAGGAGGGAGAGAUGCAUUUGUUUCCCAAGGUUUUGAUACUUGGAAUAAAAAAGGUGCAUUUCAGACUCAUGUGGGUGGUGUUGAUAGUUUUCACAACAAAGCAAGAGAAAAGUGUGAGUUUUUAAUGAGGGAAAAACAAGCAAUUAAUGUAGUCUUGAGGAGGCAAACCAAAGCGGAGGACAAUAAAUAUAAAGCUCGAUUACGUGUUUCUAUUAUUGUUGUUAGACUUUUACCGUUUCGUGGUCAUGACGAGUCGGUUAACUCGGAAAAUAGAGGGCUUUGCAUUGAAGUGUUAAAAGCCAUUCGAGAGACUAGUGAAGAGAUUUUCAACAAUACUUUAGAAAAUGCUCCUAAAAACAAUCAACUAAUUUCCUCUAAAAUUCAAAAAGAACUUGUGCAAUGUUUUGCACAAGAAGUACUUUUGAGUAUUCAUGAAGAGAUUGGUCAAGAUGUUUUUGCUUUACUAGUUGAUGAAUCUAGUGAUGUUUCAAAAAAGGAACAAAUGGCUAUUGUUUUGCGUUAUGUCGAUAGUCUUGGCUUUGUGAAAGAAAGAUUCAUAGGAAUAGUGCACGUGAAGGAUACAUCUUCUUUGACCCUCAAAAACGCCAUAAAUGAAGUACUUACAAGUAAUAAGUUGAGUUUUAGUCAGAUAAGAGGACAAGGUUACGAUGGGGCUAGCAAUAUGCGAGGGGAAUUCAAUGGUUUGAAAGCUUUGAUAUUACAAGAGAAUGACACAACUUUUUAUGUACAUUGCUUUGCACACCAACUUCAACUAGUAGUUGUGGCUGUAGCAAAGAAGCAUGAUGGUGUUAGUGACUUUUUUGAGCAAAUUUCGUUGGUGGUUAAUGUUGUUUGUGCCUCGUGUAAAAGAAAAGACUUACUACGAGAGCAAGCAAGAGAACGGGUGCAAAAAGGCUUGUGUAGUGGUGAUCUUGAAACAGGAAGAGGGUUAAAUCAAGAGACUACACUUGUUCGAGCGGGAGAAACAAGAUGGGGUUCACAUUUCAACACACUUAUAAGUUUGAUGAAGUUGUUUGCGGAUGUUCUUGUAGUUUUAGAUUUUGUGAAAGAGGAGGGAGGGUCAUUGGCAAACCAUCAACAAGCAUCUGGAAUCUUAGCAUAUUUUAAAUCAUAUGAGUUUGUGUUUUACUUACAUACGAUGUAUGACAUUUUACACCUCACGGUUACAUUGUCAAAGCAACUUCAAAGAAAAGAUCUAGACAUUUUGGAAGCGGCUUCGAUGGUUAGAGGGACAAUGGAGGCAUUGCGGUCUUUUAGAAACAUAAGGACUACAAAGACUAAUAGGUUUCAUUUUGAGGUUGAAAUCUUCAACACGGUGGUAGAUAUGCAACUUACAGAAUAUCGGGAUCGAUUUAGUGAAACAAGCACCCAAUUACUAGAAUACAUGGAUGCUUUGAGCCCUUGUGAUUCAUUUGCACAAUUUGACAAAUCAAAGUUAUUGAAGUUGGGUAAGUUAUACAAGUAUGACUUUGAUGAUUCAGAUAUGAUAGACCUCGAAGGACAACUUGAUAUAUUUUAUCACUCUUGCAUUAAAGAUGAGCGUUUCACUAGUUUGAAAGGAAUUUCCGACCUUUCUCGUUUGAUGGUUAGUAUAGGGAAGCAUCGGUCUUAUCCUUUGGUUUAUAAGCUUUUAAAGUUGGCUGUGAUAUUACCCGUAGCGACCGCAAGUGUAGAAAUAUGUUUUUCAAAGUUGAAGCUCUUGAAGACAGACUUGCGUAACAAAAUUGGCGAUGAAUUUUUGAACGACGCAUUGCUUUGUAAUGUCGAGACGGAAGCACUUACGAAAGUUGAGGAUGAAAAAGUAAUGGAGCAGUUUCAAAAGAUGUAUGCACGAAGAGGACAAAUUUAA